UUUACAUAAGGGCCCGAGCCAUGAACUUUUGGUUAAGGCUCAAUUAGUCACAUCUUUCGUUUCAACCCGCAUUCGUAAUUGGGUUUCAUUUUGUUAGGAUCGACUUUCUACCAAGUAGUCGUCUUCUUCCAUCAUCGGCUCUUCCCUGCGUCCGAUCCAGAGCCUGAAACACCGAAGAAAAAACACCAUUACAGUUGAGAAUUUUUAGCUUUAAAUGGCGGGCAGAGCUCAAAUUCAGACCAGCAACUCGGCUCUCAUCGCCAUGAUUGCUGAUGAGGAUACUGUUACUGGGUUUUUGCUAGCCGGAGUGGGUAAUGUUGACUUGCGGAGAAAGACAAACUAUCUUAUUGUUGAUUCAAAAACGACUGUGAAAGCAAUUGAAGAUGCAUUCAAGGAGUUCACCACGAAGGAGGAUAUUGCUAUUGUUAUGAUCAGUCAAUAUGUCGCGAACAUGAUAAGGUUCCUAGUUGACAGCUACAACAAACCGAUCCCGGCCAUUCUUGAAAUCCCUUCCAAGGAUCAUCCUUAUGACCCCUCUCAUGAUUCAGUUCUAUCGCGAGUCAAGUACCUCUUCUCCACUGAAUCCGUGGCAUCUGGAAGACGUUGAUGAUACGCAUGUUGUUCUCUUCAUCGGAUCCCAAACAUCACCAAGCUUAUAAUAUCAGCACAUUCACUUGGCUUUAAGUCGCCCUUUGUAUGCCGUUCCAUUGACUGCCUUAUCAAGUGAUUUGAUUUGUCUGCAUAUCUAAGAUUCUUUUUGUGCCUAUCUAUAAAUUAUUUUGUGUCAUUUUGGAUUCUAGCUAUCUUAAAAGAAUAAAAUUUGUCUCGUAAAGGACAAGUGCAUCAUUGAGCUAGUUGGUGUGAUCCCUUUCAUUCA